AUGAAUCGCCUGUUCGGGACCAAGAGCACCGCUCCCAAGCCCACGCUUGACAGUGCCAUUUCCAAUGUGGACAACCGCAUCUCCAGUAUAGACGUCAAGCUCGCGGCGCUGAACUCCGAACUUUCGACCUACCAAACGAAGAUCUCCAAGAUGCGGGACGGGCCCGGCAAGAACGCGCUGCGGCAGAAGGCGCUCAAAGUCCUGCAGCGGCGGAAACAGUACGAGGCCCAGCGAGACCAGCUCGCGCAGCAGUCGUGGAACAUGGAACAGGCCGGGAUGAUGCAGGACAACCUCAAGAACGUGAUGACGACCGUGGACGCCAUGAAGACCACCACCAAGACGCUCAAGCAGCAGUACGGCAAGAUCGACGUCGACCAGAUCGAGCGCAUGCAGGACGAAAUGGCGGAUCUGAUGGAGGUCGGCAACGAGAUCCAGGAGAGCAUCUCGCGCGCGUAUGACGUCCCUGAGGACGUCGACGAGGCCGAGCUGGAUGCGGAGCUUGAGGCGCUUGGCGAGGAGACCAUGCUGGAAAGCUCCAUGGGCGAGAGCGCCAUGCCGAGCUUCAUGCAGGAUGAAGUGUCGGUGCCGCAGUUUAUUGACGAACCCCCGGAGCAGGGCAAGGUGAAGGAGCCGGCCAGUGGUCUGGGUUAA